AUGGCUCCACGUCAGUGCACAGUGACGAUUCAGAACGAGACCUCCAGCUUCACGCUGUGUGAUCCACGGGUCCAUCUCCACAGCGGGUACUGUGCUAUUCCUCUCCCUCCAGUUCUCCGUCCAACUGAAUCCGGCACUGCGCUUUUCAAGAGAACGCGCGCCACGGCACGUGGCUCAGUGGGCGUCUUUACGUAUAACAUCGUAGACAAGUCCACCAACCAGGUCCAGGGCAAGCUGGCUGUCAUGUUCUCUGCUCCAUUCAACUUCAGCCUUUACUCCAACCUGUAUGCCGUAGGUGAAUUCAGCGAGAAUAAGCAGUGCGACGAGGAGCUCUACAAGGAGAUGUACUACAACGCCCAGCCCAAAUUCGUCCGAGGACAUGCAAAAGGGCCCAGUAUGAUCCACAAAGGGAGCAAUGUGACCAUCAGGGCCAGCAUGUCUGACAGCUACCAGCCUGUCCUGAAGGUGGAUCUUUGUGACAACUGA